AUGACGUGUGUUUUUAAGGAAAAUGAAUAUUAUGUGAUUGGAGCAACCGGUAGUACAGGAAAAGGUUACGUUCUUGAGGGGGAUGAAGUUCUGUAUUUUAUGAAGAAAUUUGAUGUUGGAUAUGUUCCUCUUAGGUUAGCCAGAUCGAAACAACUGUUAAAUGUAAUUGAUCGUAAUUUCAGUACACUUGCAUUUUGCCGUCGUUGGUUAGAUCGUCUAGGUGAGACAAAAUAUCUGAUGGCCCUCAAAAAUCUAUGUGACGUGGGAAUAGUAGAUCCAUAUCCCACAAUGUGCGAUCAACGUGGUUGCUAUACUGCUCACUGGCAGCAUACCGUUCUACUAAGACCAACAUGUAAAGAAGUUGUAUCUCGUGGGGAGGAUUACUGAGUAGCUUCGGAGUUUCCAAUUCAGGGUUCACUAUAGACGUUAUAAAUUUUGUUAUUUCACUGAGAUUUAUUUUCAUUC